AUGUUUUGGACACUUGCAGCAAUUAGUAUUCGGCGAACUUGGAAACGUUUAUUAGAUGGCGAAUGUGGUAUUGUGAAUGUUAAUCAUCGCGAUAAGCGCUUUGAGGAACAGCCUUGUCAGAUAGCUGCUGUUGUGCCGCAGGGUAAGAAGGAUGAUGGGUGUUGGACAGCUUCGGAAUGGUUGAGUCGUGGUGAGGAGCGUAAAAUGGCCAAGUUCGCUCAGUAUGCUAUGGCUGCAACGGAAGAGGCUCUUGAAGAUGCGGGUUGGAAACCGACUGAGUUUGAGCAGCGAGAGGCCACUGGUAUUUGUCUUGGCUCGGGGAUAGGCAACUUUGAUGAGGUCUAUGACACAGUCGUCGCCUAUGAUAGAGGCGGAUAUAAAAAAGUGAGCCCGCUCUUCGUACCAAAGUUGUUAAUCAACCUUGGAGCUGGUCAUAUCUCUAUGAAAUAUGGAUUUAUGGGACCAAAUCACGCAGCAACCACUGCCUGUACCACUGGAGCUCAUUCCAUCGGCGACGCAGCGAGAUUCAUUGCAUUCGGUGAUGCCGACGUGAUGGUUGCAGGCGGAGCUGAAUCCUGCAUCCACCCUCUUGCAAUUGGUGGCUUUGCAAGAGCACGCAGUCUAGCCACCGACUUCAACGACAAUCCCACUGUUGCAUCUCGACCAUUUGAUGCCGACAGAAAGGGGUUUGUCGUCGGCGAAGGCGCAGCUGUACUUAUCCUCGAGGAACUGGAACAUGCACGCGCACGAGGUGCACGUAUCUACGCCGAAGUCAAAGGAUAUGCCAACUCAAGUGAUGCGCACCAUAUGACAGCACCGAAAGAAAAUGGCGAGGGUGCAUACAUGGCUAUGAAAAAGGCUCUUAAGCAAGCAAAGCUGCCUCCUUCGGCUGUUGACUAUGUAAACGCACACGCUACAUCGACUAUUGUCGGCGAUGCGGCUGAAAAUGCAGCGAUCAAGUCUCUUCUUCUUGGUCCGGACGGUAAGAAAAAGCCUGAAGAUGUGAACAUUAGUAGCACUAAGGGCGCGGUUGGACAUCUUCUCGGCGGCGCUGGCGCUGUGGAGUCAGUUUUCAGUGUUCUUGCUAUCCAAGAUAAUGUUAUGCCGCCUACCAUCAACCUUGAUCGUCUUGCUAAUGGCUUUGAUUGCAACUAUGCACCAAAGCAUGCGCAACAGAGGCAAAUUGACGUGGUCUUGACCAAUAGUUUUGGAUUUGGUGGAACAAACAGUAGUAAGCGCCACCCCGCCCAUUCAAAGCGUGACAAAGGGCAUGGCCUAGCCUUCACUUCGCUAGUUACAAAGAUAAGGAGACUAGUCAAGAAAAAUACUAAUCGACUCAAAUAA